CCUGAAUGGUUGCAUAGCAUGGGCUGCUCCAGUUCCAAGUCCGUAGACGCCACCGCAGACGACCGAAAAUCAGCCAAGUCAACUACAACUAAAAUGGCCAGCAAGAAGGAGUACCCUGCCUCGGAGGCCUUCACCAUUCCAUUGGAUAGCGAAGAAAAUCAGAUGCCGCUAAAUGAGACACUGCGUCAGCCGCCGAAGAGGAUUCAGCAGAUGAUGCAGGAGGCGGCCAGUUCGCAGCCACUCACUUUGGAGGAACUGGAGGACAAGCAGCAAAGAGCCGAGCAAAGGCGUCAGGAGCUGAUGCAGCAGAAACUGGAGAUCAUACAGAAGAAUGCCCAAAUGCUGAUGAGGUCUCCAGAGGAAAAUCCUGAAGAUGAACAAGAAAAUCCCGAAAACCCCGACUAAAACUCUGCUUCUCUUUCAUUCACAUUUUUUAUUGUUAGCUUUAAAUUAUAUAUGUAUUACUAUAUAUCGUAGUAUAUUUCCAAACAAUUAGAUUGUAUGCAAUUAAAUCUGCUCUCAUCAUCAAAAUGCUGUCCAUCUGUUCUUCAUCCGUAAUGCUAUAUGUCAAACCUUUUCGCUGGUAGUCAAAAAACGUGAUCUAUUUGUAAUCGAGUGUCCGAGAUUAUAUAUGUACGUCUAAAGGCUAUAUGUUGGUAUUACUCUUUGGAUUGGCCUUAGUCGGAUAUAUAUUGUUUGCAGUAUCGCUGUACUAUAUGCUUCAUUAGGAUGUGUGUGCGUGGUUGUAAAUCAUGUCUUUUGGGUUUGUUGGUUUGGUUGGUUUACUUGCUCUUGUUGCUCUUGACUUCUUCAUAUUAAACGUCGGAUUCCUAUAUAUAUAUAUGUACUUGUAUAUAUCGUAUCGUAUCGUUUAGGUAUAAAUAUGCGUAUUGUGUCACAGACACUACAAAUGUCGCUUUGAUUUCGGCUUGAUUUCGCGUCUAGGCCCCCGCC